UUUCUCGCACUGCGUCUUCUCAGUUUCUUCUAUCCCUAUCAGAUCCGUCGUGAGAGUCUCAGGCACGGCCAUGGUAGGAGGCUUCGAGGUCGGCGCUGUACCGUUCAACCCCGAUGGUUGGGGCCCGCCGGAGGCCACCACGGCCACCGCCACCAACCUUCCCUUCGACGUCCCCUUUGCGCCCUUCUCUCGGUCGGACAAGCUCGGCCGGAUCGCUGAUUGGACCCGGAGCAUGAACCAUCCGGCGAAGAAUCCGAAGCAAGGUGGCGGAUCCGACUCGAUCUUCGACUUCACCGCCGACGACUCCUUCGGCCCCGGCGACGAGGACUCCACCUUCCGCCUGGUGGACUCGAAGCCUGCACCGCGGCCCAAGUUCGGCCCCAAGUGGCGAUUCAACCAGAAUCGCAACCAGCUCCCGCAGCGCCGUGACGAGGAGGUGGAGGCACGGAAGCGCGAGGCGGAGAAGGAGCGCGCUCGCCGCGACAGGCUGUACCACCUCAACAGGCCCAACGCCAAUUCUCAGCGCCGGGAGGCGGCGGUUUUCAAGUCGUCUGUCGAUAUACAGCCGGAGUGGAACAUGCUCGACCAGAUUCCAUUCUCCACAUUCUCGAAGCUGUCGUUCUCUGUACCAGAGCCUGAAGACCUGCUCCUUUGUGGUGCUCUUGAGUACUAUGAUCGUACUUAUGAUCGUGUGACGCCGAAGAACGAGCGUCGCCUCGAGAGGUUCAAGAAUAGGAACUUCUUCAAGGUUACUACCACUGAUGAUCCUGUGAUCAGGCGCUUGGCAAACGAGGACAAAGCCACUGUUUUUGCUACGGACACUAUCCUGUCUACAUUGAUGUGUGCUCCUAGGUCGGUUUACUCUUGGGAUAUUGUCAUUCAGAGGGUUGGGAACAAGCUGUUCUUUGACAAGAGAGAUGGCUCGCAGCUUGAUUUGCUUUCUGUGCAUGAGACCUCUCAGGAGCCACUGCCUGAGGCUAAGGAGGAUAUCAACUCAGCAUAUUCUUUGAGUGUCGAGGCAGCAUACAUAAACCAGAAUUUCUCACAGCAAGUGUUGAUCAGGGAUGGGGAUAAGGUUACCUUUGAUGAGCCUAACCCAUUUGCGAAUGAGGGGGAGGAGGUUGCUUCUGUGGCGUAUAGAUACAGGCGUUGGAAACUUGACGAUGACAUGCAUCUUGUUGCACGAUGUGAAGUUCAGAGUGUCAAUGAGGUCAAUAAGCAGAGAUCGUUCUUGACCCUUAAUGCUCUCAAUGAAUUUGAUUCAAAAUAUUCUGGGGUUGACUGGAGGCAGAAGCUGGAGACACAAAGGGGUGCUGUCUUGGCUACUGAGCUUAAGAACAAUGCAAAUAAGUUGGCGAAGUGGACUGCCCAGGCGCUCUUGGCUAGUGCGGACUAUAUGAAACUGGGAUUUGUUUCUCGAGUUCACCCUCGUGACCACUUCAACCAUGUGAUAUUAGCUGUUCAACAGUAUAAGCCAAGAGACUUUGCAUCGCAGAUCAAUCUGAAUACAUCUAACAUGUGGGGUAUUGUGAAGUCUAUCGUUGACCUGUGCAUGAAAUUGAAUGAAGGGAAGUAUGUUCUGGUGAAGGAUCCAUCUAAGCCACAAGUGAGGAUAUAUGAGGUUCCAGCUGAUGCGUUUGAGAAUGAUUAUGUGGAAGAGCCAUUGCCUGAAGAAGAGCAAGUACAGCCUCCCACAGAGGAUGCUCAGGGUGGCGAAGCAAAUGGCGUAACAACUGAGGUGGUGGAUAAAGAGAUUGAUGCACAAGCAUGAAGGGUCCGUUGAAGAUGCAAAGGCCGGAUCAGCGUGAGUUUCUGGAUCAGUGUUGGGGGUGAUGCGCUUUAACUUCCCGGACGACUUUUGAUGGGGUAGGAGAGGUUUAACUUCACUGUGGUCCAUCUUCUCCUGCCUGCAGCUCUCUCCUCCCCCCCCCCCCCCCCUCCCCUCCCUCCAUCUUGAAUUUUGCUCUUCAUACUGUUUUGGAUGUUUUUGAAUUAUUAUGACCAAUGUUUUUGUUCUAGGCAACCUUUGAGGACAUGAUAGUUGUUUGUUGAGGCCCUCUUUGAAUGAAAAUGAUUAUAGACGUCUGUGAUCUCCGAA